AUGAAUACCGGCGCCUCGAAUCUCCGCAAAGCCCUCCAGGACCCUAACGCGUUCAUAACCGCGCCUGGUGUCUACGAUGGCCUCUCGGCCCGCAUUGCUCUCAACGUCGGCUUCGACGCUCUCUAUAUGACCGGCGCCGGUACAGCCGCCUCCGUGCACGGCCAAGCCGACCUCGGAAUCUGCACGCUCAACGACAUGCGGGCUAACGCCGAAAUGAUCAGCAAUCUCUCUCCCUCAACCCCAGUGAUUGCAGACGCCGACACCGGCUACGGCGGACCGAUCAUGGUCGCCCGCACCACGGAGCAAUACGCUCGCUCGGGCGUCGCAGCCUUCCACCUCGAAGAUCAGGUCCAGACGAAACGGUGCGGCCACCUGGGGGGUAAGAUCCUCGUAGACACCGACACAUACGUCACUCGGAUCCGAUCAGCUGUGCAGGCGCGCAAGCGCAUUGGCAGCGACAUUGUCAUCAUCGCUCGCACAGACGCCCUCCAAGUAAACGGGUAUAAGGAUAGUCUUGCACGACUCCGAGCUGCGCGGGACGCCGGUGCAGAUGUUGGCUUCCUUGAGGGUAUCUCGUCCAUCGAGAUGGCUCGUCAGGUCGUCGCUGACCUUGCCGGAUGGCCGUUACUCCUCAACAUGGUCGAGCAUGGCUCGACGCCACCCAUCACCGCCGCUCAAGCUCGUGAGAUCGGUUUCCGGAUCAUCAUCUUCCCAUUCGCUGGACUCGGUCCGGCCUGCGUGGCUAUUCGGGAGGGAAUGGAGAAGCUCAAGCGCGACGGGAUUCCGGGUCUCGAUAAGGAGCUAACGCCGCAGAUGCUAUUCCGAGUUUGCGGGUUGGAUGAGAGUGUCAAGGUGGAUGCUGAGGCUGGAGGAGCUGCUUUUAGUAGCGGUGUAGAUCUCAAAAAAAAAAAUAAAAUAAAAAAAAAAAACAUUUUGCAUGCCCAUGUGUUGAAUUGUGUGCCACAGAAUCAUCACUACAUUCACUCGAUUCAAGUGUGCGUCUGCUUCGCUGUAGGAGAUAUGUAG